AUGGGUGCUAAAUCUGUGGAUACUCCUAUGGAUCCUAAUUCCAAACUUCUGCCAAGUCAAGGGAAGCCUCUUUCUGACCCAGAGAAGUAUAGGAGAUUGGUUGGGAAGUUAAACUAUCUUACUGUCACUCGUCCAGACAUCUCUUAUGCAAUCAGUGUGAUUGUAGGUUACUUUUAUGCAGAUUGGGCAAGUUCUCCUGUUGAUAGAAGAUCUACUUCUGGCUAUUGCAUUCUUAUUGGAGAGAAUUUGAUUUCUUGGAAAAGUAAGAAGCAAAGCGUAGUUGCCCGCUCAAGUGCGGAAGCAGAAUAUCGAGCCAUGGGUUUAGCCACAUGUGAACUUAUCUGGCUGAAACAACUUUUUAAAGAACUGAGAUUUGGAGAUAUUACACAAAUGACACUUAUUUGUGAUAAUUAA